UCGAGCGUGGCGUUAAAUAAUCAUCCUUGACAAGAAAAUGAUGGCUUUGGAAAACAACUUCUCGCUAAUUUUUUCCUCAUCAAACUCAAGCACCGAUAAAGCACGCCAAAAAUUCAUAUUUUCACCCAUUGAUCGUAGUGAAAAAAUCAUAUUUUCACUUGUCAUGUCCCUAUUGUGUUGUUUUGCGAUCGUCGCAAACGCAACAAUUCUGUACUACAGCAAGCGACAAGGAAGGCGUCAAAUUAGACAAAGAAGAGGUACAUUUAAAAGAUCAUUGACAGACCAUUUUGUUCAAAGUUUAGCGUGGACGGACUUCUUGUGUGCUAUUACCAUUCCAGCCAUUUUUAUAGGGCAAUUAUUUACUCAAAUGGCUCUAAAGGAAUGGAGUUGCAAAUUACUUAGAUACUUAACGAUUUUUUUCCCAACGGUAACACUCGCCAACUUGAUGGUCAUUGGGGUUGAAAGAUAUAUUGCUGUAUUCUAUCCAUUCUUUUCCAUAACUAAAGGAAAUGCGAAAAAAGGGAUAUUUAUUGCGUGGAUUUUCGGAGGAUUCGUGACUUUAAUCCCAACCGCUACAUACAAGGUAAUAAGACAAGAUCUCGGAGCUGACACUUAUACUUUAAUUUGUAAAUACGAUCGACGAGUUCUCUUGUAUAAAAGUCUAAUUAUGGGCUUCACUUUAAUAGUAUAUAUAAUUCCGAGCCUAGUUCUGGUCGUCACUAGCAUUCGCAUCAUACGAUUUUUAUCUCAAAGAAAAUUAUUUAGAAAGAAGAAUAUCAGAACAUCAUGGCGGUUGAAGAAGACUAGCAUGUUUGUAAAGCUAAUUUUCUCGUAUGUUAUUCCGUAUUUUCUUUACGUUAUUUAUGUAAUUAUCUAUAUGGCUACUGAUGGAGAGUUAAAACAUUAUGAUGACUUUGUUAUUAGACGCUGCAGUGCUCUCUUAUCCUUCUCGAAUACCGUGGUCAAUCCCAUUAUUUUCUAUUCUAACAUGGGCGGAUUGAGGAAGAUGCUUAGAGACAGCCGUUUUCGUUACUACAUUACUGGUCACUUUAGAGGCAAUGUAGUUGUUCGUAAAGACAAUACUGACAGCUCUCCGUGUAGAGCUAUAGAACACAAGAGGCAGACGCCUGUGGCCACAUUGCAUCCAAUGGCAUGGAAAAACCGUUCAAGGCGCAACGGGAUAGGAUUAGGAAGAACGAAUGUUGUAAUACCGAUGGGGAAUGAUGUGUCAGUCCACUACAACACGCACUCCGCGCAAGUCACAACGUCCAGCUAUUCAAAGCGACAAGCUAAGAAUUCCUGA